CAGCUGGAGGAGUUUGACGGGGGCCAUACAACCAAAACUCCUUGUCUUGUCUUGAGGGAGGCUUUCUCUGCUGCUCGCCACCCUUCGUGCUGGAGCCCCAUCAGCACUUGCUUGCAAAACUGUAGGUGCAAGUGACCAUCAUGGAGGGUGCUGGCAUGGAACCAAACAUCUCCCCUUCUGACACCACUGCACAGCAGGACUCUGCCUUCAGCAUGACGGACCUGUUUCUUGUCUCACUCAUCGUCGGACUUUUUACUUACUGGUGGUUCUUCCGCAAGAAAAAGGAGGAAGUCCCAGACCUACCCAAAAUGCAAUCAGUAGCAGCUCCAGUGAGAGACAGCAGCUUCAUUGAGAAGAUGAAGAAGACGGGGCGAAACAUAGUGGUUUUCUAUGGUUCCCAGACGGGUACAGCAGAGGAGUUUGCCAAUCGUCUUUCCAAAGAUGCUCAUCGCUAUGGCCUUCGGGGCAUGGCAGCAGAUCCAGAGGAGUAUGACUUGUCGGAUCUGAGUCGCCUCUCAGAGAUUGACAAGUCCUUGGCUGUGUUCUGCAUGGCCACUUACGGUGAAGGUGAUCCCACGGACAAUGCCCAAGACUUCUACGACUGGCUGCAGGAGGCUGACGCUGACUUGUCGGGUCUCCGAUUUGCAGUCUUUGGGCUGGGGAACAAGACUUAUGAACACUUCAAUGCCAUGGGAAAGUAUGUGGACAAGAGACUGGAGGAACUUGGAGCCCAACGCAUCUUUGAACUUGGGCUGGGAGAUGAUGAUGGCAACUUGGAAGAAGAUUUUAUCACCUGGAGAGAGCAGUUCUGGCCAGCAGUGUGUGAACACUUUGGGGUGGAGGCUACAGGAGAAGAGUCCAGCAUCCGCCAGUAUGAGCUGGUGGUGCACACAGAUGUGAACAUGAACAAAGUCUACACGGGUGAGAUGGGUCGUCUCAAGAGCUACGAGAACCAGAAGCCGCCGUUUGAUGCCAAGAACCCCUUCCUGGCCCAGGUUACAGAGAACCGCAAGCUGAACGAGGGUGGAGAGCGACACCUCAUGCACCUGGAGCUGGAUAUCUCCAAUUCCAAAAUCAGGUACGAGUCUGGGGACCACGUGGCAGUGUACCCAGCCAAUGACUCUUCUCUGGUGAAUCAGAUUGGUGAGAUCCUGGGCAUGGAUCUGGACACGAUCAUGUCCCUAAACAAUUUGGACGAGGAAUCCAAUAAGAAACACCCCUUCCCCUGCCCCACGUCCUACCGUACAGCCCUGACGUACUACCUGGACAUCACUAACCCGCCCCGCACCAACGUCCUCUACGAGCUGGCCCAGUACGCCACGGACACCAGCGAGCAGGAGCGCCUCCGCAAAAUGGCAUCGUCUGCUGCUGAGGGGAAGGCUCUCUACCUCAGCUGGGUGGUGGAAGCCCGGAGGAACAUCCUGGCCAUCCUGCAGGACAUGCCCUCGCUGCGCCCCCCCCUUGACCACUUGUGUGAGCUCCUGCCCCGCCUGCAGGCCCGCUACUACUCCAUCGCCUCCUCCUCCAAGGUUCACCCCAACGCCAUCCACAUCUGUGCGGUGACGGUGGAGUACGAGACCAAGACGGGACGCCUGAACAAAGGGGUGGCCACCAACUGGCUCAAGAACAAGAUGCCCAACGAGAAUGGGAGCAACUCCCUGGUGCCCAUGUAUGUCAGGAAGUCGCAGUUCCGUCUGCCCUUCAAACCCAGCACGCCUGUCAUCAUGAUCGGGCCGGGAACUGGCAUAGCCCCCUUCAUCGGCUUCAUUCAGGAGCGGGCCUGGCUGAAGCAGCAAGGCAAAGAGGUGGGCGACACAGUGCUUUACUACGGCUGCCGCCACGAGCGUGAGGACUACCUGUACCGCAAGGAGCUGGCCCACUUCCAUCAGGAGGGAGUCCUCACCCAGCUCAACGUUGCCUUCUCCAGGGACCAGGCUGAGAAGGUUUAUGUUCAGCACUUACUGAAGAAGAACAAGGAAAACAUCUGGAAGCUGCUUAAUGAGGGGAAUGCUCAUAUCUAUGUGUGCGGCGAUGCUCGCAACAUGGCCCGGGACGUGCAGAACACCUUCUACGAGAUCGUGGCUGAGUUUGGGAACAUGAGCCAGCCCCAGGCUGUGGACUAUGUAAAGAAACUGAUGACCAAGGGCCGGUACUCUUUGGACGUCUGGAGCUAAGAGCGAGGCUGGUGGGGCCGGGGAGAGAACGGGUCCCCCGGCAUGGGCCUGUGGGAGCUGGAAAGUGCCUGCUCACCCACUACUGCUGUGGGUGACAGUGUUGUCCCCAGCUACCCCAGUGUCACUCCCAACCCCUCCUGGGCCACAGCAGCCCCCCCUGGGGCAGGCUGCGUACCCAGGGGGGUGGAAGGGGUUGAGAGGGGCAGAGGGGUAGCUCAGGCUGUUGUCCAGGAGCUGUGGUGCCCCUGGCACCCCAGGGAGCACCUCAUGGCACCAGCCUUGAGGUCAGGGACCCAGGUGACGUGGGGCAGGAGCAAUGGACGGUGCUGGAGGAGCUCUGGGCUCCUUCCCUGAACACAAAGUGUUGCCUUAUCCCCUGGGGCUGGAGACCACCCUGCAGCAUGGCCAGCCUGGCUCCGGCAGAGGAGUGGAGGAGCCAGCAGCCCCCUGUGUCGUGGGGUUGGGGUGAGGGCACAGCAUGGGGUAGCAAUGCAUCCUCGCCUCCCUCCCACCCUGUUUGGCCAUCUCUGGGAUGUGGGGCUGGCAGCUGGCUCUGCACACAGGGCUGCCCCAUGCCACCAGGGCCCCACAGGCACCCCACGCCUUUCCCCGGCUGCUCGCCUUCGCUCCAGCACGCAGCAGGGAGGGGAUGGCUCCUCUCCCCUCAGAACAGACCUGCUCUGGGGCAGGGGGUGUGUGUCUGUCCACAGGGGCCCUGCUCCCUCCCUGGGGUCCGGCAGGUCCCCUGUGCCCAGCCCCUCCCUCAUGCUGUGUAUGGUCAUUUUUUAAAUACUGUUUUUAUUUUAACAUCUUUGUGAUUUAAUCAUAGAAAAAAAA